AGAAAAUGUUUUCUUUUAUACCAAACACACCUAUAGUUUUUCCUUAUGAUUUUCUCCAAAAACAUAGCAGGCCAUUUUAAGCCCAAAGUGGAAACAUGACGGCUAUUUAGGUUUUCUCUCAAAAAGAUACUCACAUCCUCUGUAGUUUGAAAUAUUUUGGUUUUAGAGGACAAACACAUAAACCCUACGCCUAGGCCGCCGCCGCCGUCUGUCGCACUUCCUGGAAUUCUUGUUUCAUAUCCAUUUUUUUAUAAACAUCGAUUUGGUUUUCCUCUCCAAUUGAUUUCGUUUUGUCUCAAUUGUAGAAGAUUUGCAGAAGGAGAUGUUGGACAUUAAUCUCUUUAGAGAAGAGAAGGGACACAAUCCCGAAAUCAUCCGUGAAUCGCAACGUCGCCGUUUUGCCGAUGUCAGUCUCGUGGAUCAGGUCAUUCAACUUGAUAGAGAAUGGCGGCAGCGUCAGUUCGAGGUUGAUAACUUGCGGAAAGAUGUCAACACGAUCAAGGGUGAAAUUAAAAAGCUCAAGCUUUCUAAUGGUGAUGCAAGUGAAAAAGUUCUGGAGAAAAAAGAGAAAGAGAAACUAAAUGCAGAUAAAGAGGUAAAAGUUGUGGAGGUAAAAGCCGUUUUGGAUUCGAAGCUGGAAAUCAUUGGUAACCUUGUGCAUGAUUCAGUGCCAGUUAGUAAUGAUGAGGCAAAUAAUGCUAUAGUUCGAUCAUGGGGAGAGAGGCGGACUGAGAAGGGUCUUAAAAAUCAUGUUGAUCUCGUUGAAGCUCUUGGAAUUGCAGACACAACAAAGGGUGCAAAUGUUGCUGGAGGAAGAGGUUACUAUCUGAAAGGGGAUGGUGUACGUCUUAACCAAGCGUUAAUUAAUUUUGCUCUUGAUUUCCUGGAGAAGAGGAAAUAUACUCCACUUCAGACUCCGUUCUUCAUGAAGAAAAGUAUUAUGGGAAAGUGUGCUCAGUUAGCUCAGUUUGAUGAAGAACUUUACAAGGUCACUGGUGAGGGAGAUGACAAAUAUCUGAUUGCCACUGCUGAACAACCUUUGUGUGCUUAUCAUUUGGAUGACUGGAUUCAUCCUUCACUGCUUCCAUUAAGGUAUGCUGGAUAUUCGUCAUGUUUCCGUAAGGAAGCUGGUUCGCACGGCCGCGACACACUUGGAAUUUUUAGGGUCCACCAGUUUGAGAAAGUAGAACAGUUUUGUUUGACCAGUCCAAAUGGCAAUGACUCUUGGGACAUGCAUGAAGAGAUGAUUAAUAACUCGGAGGAAUUCUUUCAACAGCUAAAGAUUCCUUAUCAAGUUGUGUCUAUUGUUUCUGGUGCACUGAAUGAUGCAGCAGCAAAGAAGUAUGAUCUGGAAGGUUGGUACCCAGCAUCAUCGACUUAUAGAGAGCUUGUGUCCUGCUCAAACUGCACAGACUAUCAGUCGAGGAGAUUGGAAAUUCGGUUUGGACAGAAGAAGGGUAACAAUCAAGUGGUACAGUUUGUGCAUUUAUUGAACUCCACCCUUACAGCGACAGAGAGAACCAUCUGUUGCAUACUUGAGAACUACCAGAAGGCGGAUGGAGUUGAGAUUCCUGAAGUUCUACAGCCAUACAUGGGUGGAAAGACAUUCAUGCCUUUCCGAGCUCCUCCAGCAGACAUUCAUGCCUUUCCGAGCUCCUCCAGGAAAGAAAUCUAAAGGGAAGGGAAGCCACAGGCGUGGCAACGAUCCACUUAUAUACCCCAUUGAGCAUUCAGUCUUUUGAACUUGUACCCUCAUACAGAGCCGGAGGAACAAGGGAAUGCUUUUGAACAAAAGCGGAUGGAUUUGAAUUCUGUUCAUUUUUCGUUUUAAGUUGAUAGACUGGUUUUGAACUAUUACUGUAUUCGUAGUGUUAAUUAUUGGCCUGUUUUUAUGAACUUAUUCGAACCUAUAUUUUGUUGUCCCUAUUAGAUGGAAUUGCCAGUACAUCCA